AUGUCCCAAGUGGACAUGAUUCUACCGGUAUCCUACUUUACUGACAGCCCAGCCCACUGCGCACAAUCCUCGGCAUGGAAGACACAACGCACAGCGGGAACGGCCGCGCCACCAUCAUCCCCUCCCGGCAUCGCGUCACAGGACAACCCUGGUCGGAUGGGUAGAUGUACGCGCCGCCUUUCGAGCUCCAGCCUGCCGGACUUCAUUUUGACCGUGCUAAUUGCCUCCAGCGGGGGUGGCACGUUCUCCUCAUCCGCACAGGGUCCCGAUGCGCGAAGGUUCGCUACUCCCUGCUAUACGCUCCCAUUCGAUGCCUCCUGGCCCGCAAUACCCCCCGUCGCCUCGUUGGCCCUGUCCAAGAAGGAUCGCAGCCAUAUCAAACCUGAUAUGAUACGAGGGCACGAAUCUUAUCGGGCGCUGAUCCCACAUCCCGCCCUAUUCUCGGGUGGUCUUCAUUGUCUGGACGCGUACCUAACCCUGGCUGUGUAUCUCACUGCUCGCGCAGCAGGAAGCUUGCCGCUACUUCCUUUGUCCCCUCCGCGCUCCUGGCCUUGGCCGUACCGCACCGAAGAUCGUCGACGAGGAUUCACCGGCAGCCAGACAGUUCGGCUCCUGUAUAUGCGGGCCCUAGGUGCACCCCGGUUGAUGCUCUCGCGCACGGUAUUCCUGGACGUGGACCAGGUUUGGCCAUCGCGGGAGAGUUCGGACCCUCCUGAUGGCCCCCGCUUCCUGAAGUCGCUUGCGUUUUGGCAAGGUUCUGGUGAAUGGCAUGUCAUCACGCAGGUGGGUAUGCAGGGACCUGAGGCUCUGGGCGGCUACCGGAUGGGUUGGUCCGCAGUUCUGCCUGUCACUUGCCAGGAGAAAGUGGAAUCACUCCGCGCAUCGAAGACGUCAGAUCGCAUCUCCGCCACCCUUCGAGGAGAGACGCAGCGCAGCACUGGCAGACUCCAGCUGGGGAUCCCCGUGAUGCGUGGUGAUGGAGAGAGGAGCCAUCUCGGGAUGUACCUAAAUAUUCCUCGUGCCCCCUGGCACUGCAAUACUUUGUGA